CUUCAAUCCCCCCUGUGCGCUCGUAUCCCCUUCUGCCCCUGCCAUCCUAGAAUCAGUGCAAAAAUAUGCUGAGACGCCCCCCUGCGAUAGCACCUGAAGUGUGGGAUAGCUGGCCAGACAGCUUGAAGAAAACAAUUGCGGAAACCCCAGAAGUGUAUAUGGCCCCAGCUAACUCGGAUAUCGAUCCGGCACUUCUCAAUAGCUCGAACGGUCCCUCAGCCUCAAGGUGUACUCCUCAUGAUGCAGAUAGGGAUGGUCCACACCAGCCGAUGCUAUCUGCGAACCCAUCUGCUGCAAAUAACAGCACACGAGGGCACAAUAUCAGAAACUCAACUCCAGCAAAUGUUGAAGAGCUCGCUGACAUCCUAUACAACAUGCGUGAAGAUCAGCGUGAACACUACAAGCAGACGGACGACCGACUUGCGCACCUUGAGGGCAGUCAUCCUGACCAUCAGACCAGCAGUACUACUCGUGGCUGCACAACUCAACAUUGGGGGGGCUCAAACAUCGCUCGAAGGCGAAGGCGAAGAGAUGCGUGCGAAGAGGGAAAUGAUGCAGAGUCACACACAGGUCAAUUUGACCAUGACGCUGAAGAUGUUACAGAUGCUCGGGGGAAGCUAUCUGCAACUGCUCGGGAGGUGCGAGCAGAUCUCAAGCGCUUGAUAUUGACCAAAUUCCGUCAUGUCUGUAAUGUCUCUGAAGGGAAAACGUGGCCAAGCCCUGAUGAUGAGCGCAAGAAUGAAACAACCGGUGAGAUUUACCUUACACCGAAUUUUGAGGCGACCGUGAACGACGACCAUAAUCGAGUGAUCUUCAAAAAGAUUGCGCAUCUUGUCUGGGAAGAACUUGGAAGUACAACCCUUAGCAAUUCCAUGAGCAACCGCAAGGUUAAAUGGAAUAAGCAAUCAUUGUUCACGUUUGCUAAAGACACGUACCGCGGAUUCAAGGAGGAGUGGAAAGCACAGAAUGACCGCAAGAAGGCCGCAGCUAAGAACACCAACCAGCAAAAGAAUCGCUGGAGCCAGCGUCAUAAAGAGGUUGGUCGUUAA